AUGGUCAAAAAUAGAGCCAUCACCACCAGCCUCUCCAUGAAUUCUACUUUGACCUUCGAUCCAAUUUCCCCUAUCAGCAACUCCAGCCAUGAGCUGAGUGGUGGCACCAUCCACAAGCACACCCCAAGCAGCAUUGAAGAUGAGCGAUGUGCAUCUCCCUCCAACAGCGAGAGCACCUCCGCUGGCCGAUCCAUGAAGUUGAGCGAUGGUUCGGACUCUGGCUACGCCACCUCCAACCCUUCUGUUGGCCAGCAGCCAAGCGAGGAAACAGUGAUCCUCACUGACAGCCAGAAAGCGCGUGCGAGCUGGCGCACCCCAGGCCACAAACCAUGUUGCAAUGUACUAUACAAGAUAUCGGACGGGUUUACCCUCGAAAAGGUGGAUCUGAUGCUAGAAUUGCCCCUAUUACUAUCGAAUGUGACCAACGAGCGCAUGACAGCGUUCGUCCCACUGCAGCUCUCUGAAUUCAAGGAGCCCAAGGAUAUGAUGGAGGUUGUGGCUGAUGCUUUCGAAGGACAUCGUCGUGCCAACGUUAAGUUUGGCUAUACUCACAGUGCUAUCACUGAUGAGACCGUCGUGAUCAACGCUCAUACUGGCUUUGGUAUGCUUGUUGACUGGGAUCUGGCUGGCAACAAUGUUAACAGUCGCCUUAGCCGUUCCGGAACUUGCUACUUCGAGUCUAUCGGCCUUCUCAAAGACCCCUGCAGGAAGGUGAUGCUUCAAGACAACCUCGAGUCAUUCUUCUACGUUACCCUCUACUCAGCGCUCAAGUUCGUGCGGAACAACCACUGCGUGUGUGACACCCACCUGAUUAUACAAGCCAUAUUCAAGAACCAGACCGCUGGCAAUUGCACGAUGCCCGGCUACACCAAACGCCAGAUGAUCAGAGAAAGGGGGUAUAUUAGACCCGACUUCAAGUUUACGAAGAACGCAGGUCUCAACAGGUGGCAUAGAGGUGCUGCUUUCGAGGAGUACUAUACUUGGCUCGAUCGCUGGCAGCCCGUUGCUGCAGCUAUUUGGAAAUUGGAGGACAAAUUACCUGCCAGGCCUCUGAAAGGCACUAUGCUGUACGAUCACAGCUACCUCGCGGCUCUCUUUGAUGAGGCAAUUGCUACUCCGGACGAAGUCAACAGCAUCGCCCUUCUGGCAGCAGCAUCUACUCGCGUUGUACACCCAUGGGAGGAGGCUGGCUGGGAGAAGUUGACUCCAGCCGAGAAGUUCGACAAGGUACCAUCGACAGAGUACCGCAGACAGUUGUGGUGGGAGAAGGUCGGCUUGCCGUUAUGGAAGGAGAUCGUGCUUCCGGAGCUGAGCGCGCUCCCGAUUGAAUUGAGUGUUGAACACGAGGAUGACGACAGAGAACCCUAUGAGCCAGAUGAUGGCGAAAUUGAGGAUGAUGAUCCCUACGUGCCUUACGAACCUUACAUUGUUUAA